AGAAUCGGUGAUGUGGCUAUUUGAUGACAUGAGUAUUAAUAAGACAGGAUUUUGCAUUGCCGCAAAGUCUAGUCACCAAUAUAUGAGGUUCUUGCGCUGCCUACAGCAGUCACAGAGCAUAAAUACCAAACACAAGAUUCUUGCACUGCCUACAGCAGCUGCGGAACCUAAACAUCAAACACGAAGUUCUUGCACUACCUGCAGCAGCUGCGAAUCCUAUAUACCAAACGCGAAUUUCUUGCGCUGCCUACAGCAGCAGGUGCCUAAUGUCAAAUAUGAAGUCCUUACCCUGCUAGCGGCAGCCGCAGAGCCUAACAGCACUAACCAAUAG